AACCACAUUCAAUACACCAUUACGUUAUUGCAGCAUUCAAUAGUACUCUCAUAAUUAUUUCGCUCUGUUUUUGAGUACUAUACUCCAACAUCACAACCCACAUUUGUCAAUAUAUACCUACAUAUAUUAUUAUAUAACUGACCAAUUCUAGUUCCAAAACUGGAUAAAGUAUUGUAAAGAAAUUACAACAGCAUGGAACUUAUUCUCGUUCCAAAAUGGCUACUAUCUAUAGGAUUAGCACUAAUACUAGCAGUCCAGCAGCACUCCUCCAACUGUUCGGCCAUGGCGACAAAAAUUCCCGCCAUCAUUGUAUUCGGAGACUCAACAGUGGAUGCUGGAAACAACAAUCAAAUAUUGACACUUUUGAAGAGCAAUUUUCAUCCAUACGGCCGUGAUUUCUCUGGCGGCCGCCCCACAGGCCGGUUCUCCAACGGGCGAAUCCCGCCCGAUUUUAUCUCAGAGGCUUUCGGCCUGAGGCCUAUCGUACCGGCAUAUUUGGAUCCCACGUACAACAUUACCGACUUUGCAAUAGGUGUUUGCUUUGCUUCUGCUGGAACUGGCUACGAUUCUGCGACCUCUGAUGUACUAAAUGUGAUGCCGCUAUGGAAAGAAAUUGAGUACUACAAGGAGUAUCAAAACAAGUUGAAAGCGUAUGUGGGGCAUCGGAGGGCAAGGACAAUAUUGAAACAAGCAGUGUACUUAGUGAGCUUAGGAACCAAUGAUUUUUUGGAGAACUAUUACAUCUUUCCCAGGCGGCGUUUGAAGUACACAAUAGACGAGUACCAGGAUUUUCUUAUUGAAAUUUCUACAAAUUUUCUCAAGGAACUCUACAGCCUUGGAGCUAGGAAAAUAUCCCUUACAGGGCUUCCUCCAAUGGGUUGUUUGCCUUUGGAAAGAACCCUUAAUAUUUUUGGGAAUAAUGAGUGUGAUGAUAAAUUGAACAAGGUAGCUCUGAAAUUUAAUGCCAUGUUAAAGAGUAUGACAACAAAGCUGAAUGAUGAGCUCCCUGGCUUGAUAUUGGUGUUCACAGAAAGCGUUUAUGGUCUUCUGUAUAGCAUGAUAAACAACCCUGCUUCCUAUGUGGGUGCAGGAUUUGAGGUUGCGGGAAUGGCAUGUUGCUCAACGGGGACAUUUGAGAUGAGUUACCUAUGUAGUGAGAAAAGUCCAUUGACGUGCACUGACGCUAAUAAGUACAUCUUUUGGGACGCUUUCCAUCCAACUGAGAAAACUAAUCAUAUUAUCACCUCUCACCUUAUUCCUCUCCUUAAAACCAAGUUUCUUCGAUAAUUUAUUAUCGAAGAAUAUAUUUUUUGCUCCAUGUUGUUGUAUUAAAAAACAUUUAUACAUAUAUAUACACUGGCGACAUGCUACAAGUAUGUGUUUCCUCUACCCAUGUAUUUGGUUUUUUUUCCAAUCCAAGUGUUUACCUUCUUUUGAUUAA